GUGUCACGGAGAAAACUUCGGGAGGAACAGGAAACCUGCGGGGAGGCGGCGGGCCGGCUUCUGGGGCGUCCGGAGCCGGCUCCCCCCGCGCGGAAGCGGGCUGCGCCCCGACAUCCUCGCCGUGGCCGCGCCGAGGGCGCGCGCGAGGGGCAGGAGCAGGAGCAGCCGGAGGCGGAGGGACGUCCACUCGGAACAUGAGGCAGCAGCAUGUCUGAGAAAAUGUCCAGUUUCCUCUACAUAGGGGACAUCGUGUCCCUGUACGCGGAGGGCUCGGUCAACGGCUUCAUCAGCACCCUGGGGUUAGUGGAUGACAGAUGUGUGGUACAUCCAGAGGCAGGGGAUCUUGCCAACCCUCCCAAGAAGUUCAGAGACUGCCUUUUCAAGGUGUGUCCUAUGAAUCGAUAUUCUGCCCAGAAGCAAUAUUGGAAAGCGAAGCAAGCCAAACAAGGAAACCACACAGAGGCUGCCUUGCUGAAGAAACUACAGCAUGCUGCAGAACUGGAACAAAAACAAAAUGAAUCAGAAAAUAAGAAGCUGUUGGGAGAAAUUGUGAAAUACAGUAAUGUUAUACAACUACUACAUAUAAAAAGCAACAAAUAUCUGACUGUCAACAAGAGAUUGCCCGCGUUACUGGAGAAGAAUGCCAUGCGAGUGUCUUUGGAUGCUGCAGGAAAUGAAGGAUCCUGGUUUUAUAUUCAUCCCUUCUGGAAGCUGAGAAGUGAGGGUGACAAUAUCGUUGUAGGAGACAAAGUUGUUCUGAUGCCUGUGAAUGCAGGACAGCCACUACACGCCAGCAACAUAGAACUUCUGGACAACCCAGGCUGCAAGGAGGUGAAUGCCGUUAAUUGCAACACUAGCUGGAAAAUCACUUUAUUCAUGAAAUUUAGCUCCUACCGAGAAGAUGUAUUAAAAGGAGGUGACGUUGUUAGAUUGUUUCACGCAGAACAAGAGAAGUUUCUGACUUGUGACGAAUAUGAGAAAAAACAGCACAUUUUCCUUCGUACAACUUUGCGGCAAUCAGCAACUUCCGCUACUAGUUCUAAAGCACUCUGGGAAAUAGAGGUGGUUCAUCAUGACCCAUGCCGCGGGGGUGCAGGACAGUGGAACAGCCUGUUCAGAUUUAAACACCUUGCAACUGGAAAUUAUUUAGCUGCAGAGCAGAGAGAUGGAGACCUUCCAACUUCAAAGAAAAAACGCCAGGCAGGAGAGAAGAUCAUGUAUACUUUGGUCUCGGUCCCACAUGGAAAUGACAUUGCAUCUCUUUUCGAAUUGGAUGCCACCACUCUUCAGCGAGCUGAUUGCUUAGUUCCACGAAAUUCCUACGUUCGGCUAAGGCACUUGUGCACCAACACAUGGGUAACUAGUACUAGCAUCCCCAUAGACACAGAUGAAGAGAGGCCUGUUAUGUUGAAGAUUGGAACCUGCCAAACAAAAGAAGAUAAAGAAGCAUUUGCCAUUGUGUCCGUCCCACUCUCCGAGGUCCGAGAUUUGGACUUUGCUAAUGAUGCAAAUAAAGUGCUAGCGACCACAGUGAAAAAACUGGAAAAUGGUACAGUCACUCAGAACGAAAGGAGGUUUGUCACCAAAUUGUUGGAGGACCUCAUCUUCUUUGUUGCUGAUGUGCCCAAUAAUGGACAAGAAGUCCUGGACGUGGUUAUCACCAAGCCAAACCGGGAGCGCCAAAAACUCAUGAGGGAACAAAACAUCUUGGCACAGGUAUUUGGGAUUCUGAAAGCGCCCUUCAAGGAGAAAGCGGGAGAGGGCCCCAUGCUGAGGCUGGAGGAUCUGGGGGACCAGCGCUAUGCACCCUACAAAUACAUGCUGCGGCUCUGCUACCGGGUGCUGCGACACUCGCAGCAGGACUACCGGAAGAAUCAGGAGUACAUUGCUAAGAACUUCUGUGUCAUGCAGUCCCAGAUUGGCUAUGAUAUUUUGGCAGAAGACACCAUCACAGCUUUGUUGCACAACAACAGAAAGCUACUAGAGAAACACAUCACAGCAAAAGAAAUAGAGACAUUUGUCAGCUUACUCAGGAGGAACCGGGAGCCAAGAUUUUUGGAUUAUUUGUCAGAUCUGUGUGUGUCUAAUACCACUGCCAUCCCUGUCACUCAGGAGCUCAUCUGUAAAUUUAUGUUGAGUCCUGGCAACGCCGACAUUCUCAUCCAAACGAAGCUGGUCUCAAUGCAAGUAGAAAACCCCAUGGAGAGCUCCUUCCUUUCGGACGACAUCGAUGAUGAGGAGGUUUGGCUGUACUGGAUCGACAGCAACAAGGAACCUCACGGCAAAGCGAUCAGGCAUCUGGCUCAAGAAGCAAAGGAAGGCACCAAAGCUGACCUGGAAGUUCUUACCUAUUACAGGUACCAGCUAAACCUCUUUGCAAGAAUGUGCUUGGAUCGCCAGUACCUGGCCAUCAACCAGAUUUCUACACAGCUCUCUGUGGACUUGAUCCUGCGCUGUGUGUCAGAUGAGAGCCUGCCCUUUGACCUCCGAGCAUCUUUUUGUCGGCUCAUGCUCCACAUGCAUGUGGACCGGGAUCCCCAGGAGUCUGUGGUGCCCGUUCGUUAUGCCAGGCUCUGGACAGAAAUCCCCACAAAGAUCACGAUUCAUGAAUAUAACUCUAUAACAGACACUUCUAGAAGUGACAUGAAGAGGAAAUUUGCACUGACAAUGGAAUUUGUUGAAGAAUACUUGAAAGAAGUUGUAAAUCAGCCCUUUCCUUUUGGAGAUAAGGAGAAAAACAAACUGACAUUUGAGGUGGUUCACCUGGCUCGAAAUCUCAUAUACUUCGGGUUUUACAGUUUCAGCGAGCUGUUGAGGCUCACGAGAACACUCCUGGCCAUCCUAGACAUUGUCCAGGCUCCCAUGUCAUCGUAUUUUGAAAGAUUAAGUAAAUUUCAAGAUGGAGGAAACAACGUCAUGAGAACCAUCCAUGGGGUGGGGGAGAUGAUGACGCAGAUGGUGCUCAGCCGCGGCUCCCUGUUCCCCACGAGUGUGCCCGAUGUGCAGCCCAGCACCCACCCCAGCAAGCAGGCGAGCCCCGCCGAGCACGAGGACGUCACUGUGAUGGACACCAAGCUGAAGAUCAUUGAGAUUUUACAGUUUAUCCUGAGUGUCAGACUCGAUUACAGGAUCUCGUACAUGCUGUCCAUAUAUAAGAAGGAGUUUGGCGAGAACAGUGAUGCUACUGAGACGUCUGCCAAUGGCUCCCCAGACACUUUGGUGCCCUCAGCUAUUGUUCCUGAUAUAGAUGAAAUAGCAGCUCAGGCAGAAACUAUGUUUGCUGGAAGAAAGGAAAAAAAUCCCGUCCAACUUGACGAUGAAGGAGGCAGGACGUUUCUGCGGGUCCUCAUUCACCUGAUUAUGCACGACUACGCUCCUUUGCUGUCGGGAGCCCUGCAGCUGCUGUUCAAGCACUUCAGCCAGAGAGCGGAAGUUUUACAGGCAUUUAAGCAGGUGCAAUUACUGGUGUCCAAUCAAGAUGUAGAUAACUACAAGCAAAUCAAGGCAGAUCUAGACCAACUUCGGCUGACUGUAGAGAAAUCUGAGUUGUGGGUUGAGAAGAAUAGCAGCUAUGAGAGUGGAGAAAUGGGUGAAAAUCAAGUCAAAGGCGGUGAAGAGCCAAAUGAGGAAUCAAACAUUUUAAGUCCAGUGCAAGAUGGAACGAAGAUACCACAGAUUGACAGCAAUAAGAGCAACAACUACCGGAUAGUAAAGGAGAUUUUGAUUAGGUUGAGUAAACUUUGUGUGCAGAAUAAAAAGUGUCGGAAUCAACACCAGCGGUUACUGAAAAAUAUGGGGGCCCAUUCCGUGGUGUUGGAUCUUCUGCAAAUACCCUACGAAAAGAACGAUGAGAAGAUGAACGAAGUCAUGAAUCUGGCCCACACAUUCCUCCAGAAUUUUUGUCGGGGAAAUCCGCAGAAUCAAGUUCUUCUUCACAAACAUCUGAAUUUGUUUUUAAAUCCCGGUCUCCUUGAAGCAGAGACCAUGCGGCAUAUCUUCAUGAACAAUUACCAUCUGUGUAAUGAGAUCAGCGAGAGAGUGGUGCAGCAUUUUGUGCACUGCAUCGAGACACACGGCCGCCACGUGGAGUACCUGAGGUUUCUGCAGACAAUUGUAAAAGCAGAUGGUAAAUAUGUGAAGAAGUGCCAGGAUAUGGUAAUGACAGAGUUGAUAAAUGGGGGUGAAGAUGUGCUGAUAUUUUACAAUGACAGAGCAUCAUUUCCAAUCCUUCUCCACAUGAUGUGUUCAGAGAGAGACCGAGGGGAUGACAGUGGCCCCUUAGCCUACCACAUCACCCUCGUGGAGCUGCUGGCAGCAUGCACAGAGGGGAAAAACGUGUACACUGAGAUCAAAUGCAAUUCCCUUCUGCCCCUGGACGACAUAGUGAGGGUGGUGACUCACGAUGACUGCAUCCCUGAGGUUAAAAUUGCUUAUGUGAACUUUGUUAAUCAUUGUUACGUUGACACUGAAGUGGAAAUGAAAGAAAUCUACACAAGUAACCACAUUUGGAAAUUAUUUGAGAACUUCUUGGUGGAUAUGGCAAGGGUUUGCAACACAACUACUGACAGGAAACAUGCAGACGUCUCCUUGGAGAAGUGUGUUACUGAGUCCAUCAUGAACAUUGUGAGCGGCUUCUUCAACUCUCCUUUUUCAGACAACAGUACCAGCCUCCAGACGCAUCAGCCAGUUUUUAUUCAGUUGCUACAGUCUUCCUUCAGAAUUUAUAACUGCACCUGGCCAAAUCCAGCACAGAAAGCUUCGGUGGAAUCCUGUAUCAGAACACUGGCUGAAGUGGCAAAAAAUCGUGGAAUAGCCAUUCCAGUGGAUUUGGACAGUCAAGUGAAUACGCUUUUCAUGAAAAGCCAUUCAAAUAUGGUACAGAGAGCUGCAAUGGGCUGGAGGCUUUCAGCUCGCUCUGGACCGCGCUUUAAGGAAGCUCUUGGAGGGCCUGCCUGGGAUUAUAGGAAUAUUAUCGAAAAGUUACAGGAUGUAGUGGCCUCCUUGGAGCAGCAGUUCAGCCCGAUGAUGCAGGCUGAGUUCUCUGUAUUGGUCGAUGUGCUGUACAGUCCAGAGCUGCUCUUCCCCGAGGGAAGUGAUGCCAGAAUAAGAUGCGGCGCUUUCAUGUCCAAGUUGAUCAAUCACACAAAGAAACUCAUGGAGAAGGAGGAAAAGCUGUGCAUCAAAAUUCUUCAGACCCUGCGAGAAAUGCUAGAGAAGAGAGACAGCUUUGUGGAAGAGGGUAGCACAUUAAGAAAAAUCCUCCUGAACCGAUACUUUAAAGGUGAUUACGGAGUUGGUAUGAAUGGGCAUCUGUCAGGAACCUACUCCAAAACCACACAGGGGGGAGGGAGCUUUUCCGGACCAGAUUCCGAUAAGAUGGGGACCUCACUUUCUGACAUCCAGUGCCUGUUAGAUAAAGAGGGUGCCUCGGAACUUGUCAUCAGCGUUAUAGUGAACACCAAAAAUGACAGGAUAUUUUCAGAAGGCAUCUUCCUCGGCAUUGCCUUGCUUGAAGGAGGAAAUACACAGACACAGUAUUCUUUCUACCAGCAAUUGCAUGAACAAAAAAAGUCAGAAAAAUUCUUCAAAGUUCUCUAUGAUCGAAUGAAGGUUGCUCAGAAAGAGAUAAGAUCAACAGUGACAGUUAAUACCAUAGAUUUAGGGAGCAAAAAAAGGGAGGAUGACAAUGAAUUGAUGACAUCUGGUCCACGAAUGAGAGUAAGAGAUUCCACACUACAUUUAAAAGAGGGAAUGAAAGGGCAAUUAACAGAGGCUUCCACAGUAACGUCCAAAGCAUACUGUGUGUACAGAAGGGAGAUGGACCCAGAAAUAGACAUUAUGUGCACAGGACCGGAAGCAGGAAACGCUGAGGAAAAGUCUGCAGAGGAAGUCACAAUGAGUCCUGCAAUUGCUAUCAUGCAGCCGAUCCUGAGAUUUCUUCAGUUACUGUGUGAGAAUCACAACCGGGAGCUGCAGAACUUCUUGAGGAAUCAAAACAACAAAACAAAUUACAACCUCGUGUGCGAGACCCUUCAGUUUUUGGAUUGCAUUUGUGGGAGCACAACAGGUGGCUUGGGUCUGCUGGGCCUCUACAUCAACGAGAAGAAUGUAGCUCUGGUCAACCAGACCCUGGAGAGCUUGACGGAAUACUGCCAGGGUCCGUGCCAUGAAAAUCAGACCUGUAUUGCUACUCAUGAAUCCAACGGGAUUGAUAUCAUCAUUGCUUUGAUUUUAAAUGACAUAAACCCCCUUGGUAAAUACCGAAUGGACCUGGUGCUUCAACUAAAGAACAACGCCUCCAAGCUCUUGCUGGCCAUUAUGGAAAGCAGACAUGACAGUGAGAAUGCAGAGAGAAUUCUUUUCAACAUGAGACCCAGGGAACUGGUGGAUGUGAUGAAGAACGCCUACAACCAGGGAUUGGAAUGCGAUCAUGGGGAGGAGGAGGGUGGCGAUGACGGGGUUUCUCCCAAGGAUGUCGGACACAACAUCUAUAUCCUGGCUCAUCAGUUGGCCCGCCACAACAAGCUGUUACAGCAGAUGCUCAAACCAGGAUCCGAUCCAGAUGAAGGAGAUGAAGCCUUAAAGUAUUAUGCCAACCACACCGCACAGAUUGAGAUUGUUCGGCAUGACAGGACUAUGGAACAAAUAGUUUUUCCUGUUCCCAACAUAUGUGAGUUCCUCACGAGAGAAUCCAAGUGCCGUGUGUUUAACACGACAGAAAGGGAUGAACAAGGAAGUAAGGUGAAUGACUUCUUCCAGCAGACAGAAGACCUCUACAACGAAAUGAAGUGGCAGAGGAAAAUCAGGAACAACCCUGCUCUGUUCUGGUUCUCGAGGCAUAUCUCCCUCUGGGGCAGCAUCUCCUUCAACCUAGCUGUGUUCAUCAAUCUGGCCGUGGCUCUCUUCUACCCAUUUGGGGAUGAUGGAGAUGAAGGCACACUUUCCCCGUUGUUCUCGGUCCUUCUUUGGAUAGCGGUUGCCAUCUGCACAUCUGUGCUGUUUUUCUUCUCCAAGCCUGUGGGCAUCCGGCCAUUUCUUGUGUCAGUAAUGCUCAGAUCAAUAUAUACAAUAGGUCUUGGGCCUACGUUAAUACUUCUUGGUGCAGCAAACCUUUGUAAUAAAAUAGUGUUUCUGGUGAGUUUUGUCGGGAAUCGUGGCACGUUCACCCGGGGAUACCGAGCAGUCAUCUUGGACAUGGCCUUUCUCUAUCACGUCGCGUAUGUCCUGGUUUGCAUGCUGGGUCUCUUUGUUCACGAAUUCUUCUAUAGCUUCCUGCUCUUUGAUUUGGUGUACAGAGAAGAGACUCUGCUCAAUGUCAUAAAAAGUGUCACCCGGAAUGGCCGCUCUAUUAUUCUGACUGCAGUCCUGGCUCUCAUUCUUGUUUACCUGUUUUCCAUCAUUGGCUUCCUGUUUUUGAAGGAUGACUUCACGAUGGAAGUGGAUAGGCUGAAGAACAGAACUCCAGCGGCAGGUAAUUAUGAAGUUCACAGCGUGACCUUAAUGUCCGUGAUGGAAACAUGUGGAAAGGAGAACUGCUCGUCCACUAUACCAGCUUCAAAUAAAGCUGAUGAAGAGUACGAAGAUGGGAUCGAAAGGAUGUGUGACACUCUCCUCAUGUGUAUCGUCACGGUGCUGAACCAGGGCCUCCGCAAUGGUGGCGGUGUGGGGGACGUGCUGCGAAGGCCCUCGAAAGAUGAGCCCUUGUUUGCUGCCCGAGUGGUUUAUGACCUUCUUUUCUUUUUCAUUGUUAUCAUUAUUGUUCUUAAUUUGAUUUUUGGUGUGAUCAUCGAUACUUUUGCGGAUCUUAGAAGUGAAAAACAGAAAAAAGAAGAAAUUCUCAAGACAACCUGUUUCAUCUGUGGACUUGAAAGGGACAAGUUUGACAAUAAAACUGUUUCGUUUGAGGAGCACAUUAAGUCAGAACACAACAUGUGGCAUUAUUUGUACUUCAUUGUCCUGGUGAAAGUUAAGGACCCAACAGAAUACACUGGACCUGAGAGUUAUGUGGCUCAAAUGAUUGUGGAAAAGAAUUUGGACUGGUUUCCUCGGAUGCGAGCCAUGUCUCUCGUUAGCAAUGAAAGUGACAGUGAGCAAAACGAGAUCCGGAACCUACAGGAGAAGCUGGAAUCAACCAUGAGUUUGGUCAAACAGCUGUCAGGUCAGCUGGCGGAGCUUAAGGAGCAGAUGACAGAACAAAGGAAGAAUAAGCAGAGACUGGGCUUCCUCGGAUCAAACACACCCCAUGUGAAUCAUCACAUGCCACCACACUGAUACCAUGGGGGGAAGCCGUGACUAGCCUUUCAUCAGUGCCUGAUCACUGAAUAAAGGACCGAGAUGGAGGGAAGUGAACAGUGCCUAUUGUUGAAAAGUUAAAAACAACCAAGUGCCAAGAUGUUGAGUGGCUUAGCUCUGAGAACAAUUUGUAACUGUGUUUUCAUGGUUGAGAAGACCCAUGCUGAAAAGCAGCAACUCGAAAGCACGCAUCCCACAUUCUCAAUGCAACGGGAAGUAACCUGGCUCACAGGGGUGGAGGGACAGGGCGAGGCGGUGGGGAAGGAAACUGAGGGCAGUGAGAGCUGCCUUGUGCUAAAUCAGUAGGGCUCAGCCUUGCCUUAAAUGCUGACUGUGACCUUCGUUAUGGCUGGUUGAGAUUUAUUUCUUUUCAUUGUGGCACACGGGUCAGUGAUGCAGGAAGUCGUACUUUGGUGGCUAAGUUUUACUAAGGAAAAUAACUGAAAAGAUUGAAAAUGAGAGUUGGAAAGAAAAAUGGUAAUGCUUCCAAACCGUAGCUGUCACGAAGCAAUUUCUUUAUUUAUAACGUGAAACCCAACGGACUUACAGCGCUAGGAAUUUAGUGCUUUGGAGCUUAUGCCCCUCCUGCUGACAAUAUAACUGGAAUAUGAUCGCUUUCUCUGUAUUUCAGACAGGCUCUGUCAAUGUGCAGAGCCUUUUCCUAAGAAAAGAAAAGUUUCAUAGAACUUUGGCUAAGAAAAUGUUUUAAGUUGUGUAUAAAGCUAAGACUGGUGAAAGCAAAACUUGACAGUAAGUCCCAGGGAUGAAUUUUUUGAGAACAUAUAUGUGCUGUUAAAAUAUUCUGAGAUUAAUAAAUGAAAAUGCUUAAAGGUGACCGGAAAUAUUGAGAAAUUUAUGACGGUGGCCUUGCCUUUUAUAAACAUGGAGUAAAUGCAGUUUGAUUGAUGUUUGUUAUGCUUAAGGAAUUCAGUGUUUCUGUUUAUCCUGUUUCUGCAGUUAGGGGGAAAAAUGCGAGAAAUCUAUUAAAUACACAAGAAAUUGGAGCAUUUCAAUUGCACAUUGAAAACUUUAACAGAAACAUCUUUUCACAAUGUAGAAAGAUCAUAAUUUCUUCCUCCAAUUAUUUGUGUGUCAAAUCAUGCAAUCAGAACUUAUUGAGAGAGAAGAUAACCUGGUCUGGCCAGAUUAUUUUUAGAGGCUGUACAUUUGAGACAUUAAAGCAAAAUAUAGAUAAUGAAAGGAUUAGGAGAACCGCUGUGUGGCAAAGGACCAGAGGCCCCUGACACUAGACUCUCGGAGAGGUUUUGCCGUUGACCCCGUGGCCCCCGCAGCCUUUAAACUCCUGGUUAUUACUGCCAAGGUUUAAGGCCAGAUAGAAUUUUCUAUGGCAAUUUUUGGCCUUUGCAUCAUUCUAAUAUACUUUUAGCUGUUGGUUCCUAAAAAAAAAAAAAAAAA